AUGUACGAGAAAGCAGUUGGUAAAGCCAAUGGAGAACAACAACACGAGAAUAAUGGGGGUAUUAUAAUUGAUAAUGACGAGAUAGUUCUACUUCCCAACGCAAAUGCACAGCCAAUUCUUGUUGAAGACCCUCAGCUUCCUCCUCUUCCACCAACAACUUUCAUCACCAUGUCCAGUGCAAUGCUUACUUAUCCAAGGUAUGGAUAUGGCUAUGGUGUUCCUACCGAUGGUGUGGCUUUACCCAAUGGACUCAACGUCGGUUCUCCUGCAUUGCUUGAUGACAUCUCGGAUUAUCUCGUGUCUUUUGAUUCAUUGGUCGGAGACGACGAUGACAUGAUGCCAACGCUUAGUUUUUAUAAGGUCAAAGGUUCAAGUACCUNUAUAAUUGAUAAUGACGAGAUAGUUCUACUUCCCAACGCAAAUGCACAGCCAAUUCUUGUUGAAGACCCUCAGCUUCCUCCUCUUCCACCAACAACUUUCAUCACCAUGUCCAGUGCAAUGCUUACUUAUCCAAGGUAUGGAUAUGGCUAUGGUGUUCCUACCGAUGGUGUGGCUUUACCCAAUGGACUCAACGUCGGUUCUCCUGCAUUGCUUGAUGACAUCUCGGAUUAUCUCGUGUCUUUUGAUUCAUUGGUCGGAGACGACGAUGACAUGAUGCCAACGUCACCAUCCAAUACCACACAUCCAUAA